AUGAGCAACUCUCCCGAGCACCUUGAACGUGGCGUCGCUGGGGUGAGCAGCCUUGAGGCGGGUGUCAGGUCGGAUCUGCGCCACGACAGCAGGCCUUUGCUUAUGGCGAUGUCUUCGGCCAACGCGGUGACGUGGACGCCAGUGCAGACAGAGCCAGGCGUGGCAUCUGGAAUUCUUCUUGCCAACGCACCUAGUUCACCAGGUUCAACUGAUUCUCCGCUGCUUUGCCCUGUCCAAGCAGCCAAGAAGCACAUAGCUUCAGCCAGAUCGAAUGAGUGGCACUGGUCCAAUUACUCAUUCAUGACCAUGGGGAAUUGGGGCCUCCUUUUGCAACAAGAUGUCCACUUUCUGGACCUCAAGGGGUGCCUUCGUCUUCCAUCUAAGGUCAUAUUGGACGAGUUUAUGCCGCUGUAUUUCUUGCAUGUGCACCCUCGUCUCCCCUUCCUUGACGAAGGUAUCUUCUGGAGUAUGUAUUGCCUCGAUACAACUUCGGAUUCACCCCAACAGGGCAUUCCCUUGCUUUUGAUGCAGGCCAUGAUAUUCGCAACCAGCGCUUUUGCGAUGCAAGCCACUAUUCAGAGUUUAGGAUUUAAAGACAUUCGACGAGCUAGGUCAGCAUUCUACCAAAGAGCCAAGAUCCUUUUUGACUUCAACUUGGAGUCCUCGCCUAUGGUGCUAUCUCAAGCGGCCCUCCUCCUCUCGUUUUGGUAUCCAACAUCGAGAACAGGCCCUCAAAAGCCCAACAGCCUUUGGUUGAGCAUCGCAAUACACCACGCCCGAUGCCUUGGAGCGCACGAAGCCUGGGAGCAUCCAGACCUCCAAGUCCAAUCCGAAAGAUCACACUUACUAAGACGACUGUGGUGGUGCUGCGUCAUUCGUGACCGGGUUUUGUCACUGGGGUUGCGACGAAGACUUCAAAUCACCAAGGUGCCGCCAGUGCUGCUCCCUUCUGAUUUUGAGAAUGAAAUAAACCACUCAGAGGUCGCCAGACGGGAAAACAAGCGAAGGCUUGUAUGCAUCCUCUUGAGAGUAAUGGAAUUAUGCGGGCUUUUGACAGAUCUUUUAGAGCUCAUCUGCCUACCUGAUUGCUAUCGGUUGAACUACACUCAAAAGGAGGUAGCCAAACUGUCAGCCUGUCGUGACGCCUUGAAAAACUGGUUUAUGAUGACAAGCACCGCCAUUCCAAGCCCUCUGCUUGAUAACAGGUUUCGUGACCAGUCAGUGAUUGUACAUGGCAGCCUCAUGUACAUGUAUUACCAUUAUGCAAGGCUCGCAUUAUCGAAUUUCGAGGCACUCAUCCCGAUUUUACAAUCAAUGCCGCCUGGUGUUGACAAUUUUAUCACUCUACAUAGUUCCGAGCAUGGCCGGGAGGUUCAAGAAGCAAGCUUUGGCGUCAUGGAUUGUCUUGAAGAACUUACGCAACUAGGGCUUGUCCAAUAUCUCCCUCUCAGUGUAAUGGCUCUCAUCGCCUUUCCAUUACUUCUAAGUACACUGGACCUGCAGGUUCUAGCUACGGCCAACCUUCCCGCCAAAUUGGCAGUAAAAAAACACCGCUUUAAGGUCUUGGUGGAAGCAAUGAAAGAGAUUGAGCCGCGCCACGAUGGGGUAGAAUUGAUAAGUACUACCAUUCGACACCUCGUCAAUCUCGUCCAGAUGGACAUUUCUUUGAGCUCGAAUAGCCUGAUAACAGAAUUUACAGAUGUCUUGGCUUGUAAGCCUGACGUUUACCUACGUCUGGCACUUACGAUGGACUUGAGUCUAAGUCUCCUCAGGCUCCCAGAGGACAGGGACUUUCCUGUCGCCUUGAGGAGCAACUAUAUUCCCACGGCCAAUCUGAUGUUUUCCCCAAUACACCUGGAGUCGUAUCAGUCGACAGUGAGUUCAGAUGGUGUGGAAGUACUUCCGAGGGAAGCAGAUCAGACCCCAGAUGAGGUGUUUGGCCUCUCAUUGUGCACCAGACGAGAGGAGACCGAUACGUCCCAUCACCGUGCAAAUGACUCUGCGGUUUCUGCCAGCAUUUCUCAAUCAGGUGAUGAUCUGGCAUCACCGAGAUUUACAGACAACCUUUUCCUCGAGGCUUCUUUGCCAGCCCCUUGGGACGAUCAGGUGGCCUCCAGCCCAUCGGCUACAGGCAACAAUUAUUUUAGGGCACUCACAGACUCAACCUGUAGUGCAGCCCAUCAGCAUUGCACAGAUGAGGUCUCGAGUCAGUCUGACGCCUUGGAAAGCCUUUUGGAGUGGGAAGAUAUGUACAUUAAGAACUCGCCUGGACUUGUAGACACAAUGUAG